AUGGAUCCUUCUGAACAAAGUUGUGAAGAAUGGAGUUCUCUUAGUGGAUUUUACACAGCUGAAGAAGCUGAUUUUAUGGGCCAGUUACUUAAUAACAGCCAAAUUCCUCAGCAUCAUUAUGGAAAUUUCAAUUUUGAAACUCCAUCUACAUUAUGGCCUAUACAUGACUCCACAAUAGUGAGCAUGAAUAACAGUUCACAUUUUCCUCAAAAUUAUGAUAAUAAUAGUAGUAACACUGAUUUUUUGAGUUUUUUACAAGAAAGUAACUUCAUUUCUGCUACUAGCAAUAUAUCUCCUAAUACUAUAAAUGGUGGUAACAUAUGUUUGAAUGAUCAAGGAGCUAACAUUGGCUACAUAUCCAUGGAGAAUGUCAAUUUUAGCACUUAUAGUAUUCAAGGGAAUGAUAGCCAACAGAUAACUGAAAACACUGAUGAAGAGUUUGGUCAAGAGGUUUCGGAAUCAACGAAAGAGGGUAUUAGCAACAACCUGGAAAAGUCAGGAAAAAGAUCUAGGAGUUCUAUAAAGGUACAAAAGAAUAAGAAAAAUGUUAAAUCUAGGAAGAAACCAAAAUCUGAGUUCAUAAGCAACACCGAAGAGGACGAAAGUACUGAUCUUCAGGAACAGAAUUUGAGUUCAGAAGAUGAUGACUUCAAUGCUUCACAAAAGGUUAAGGCAGGAGGGUCUUCAAUCUUGAACCAAAAUGAUUCAGCAGCUCUGAAGUUAAAGGGAAAAACAAGAUGUGAUAAAAGUUCUGCCACUGAUCCACAAGGUGUCUAUGCAAAAAAAAGAAGAGAAAGAAUAAAUGAAAGGUUGAAAAUCUUACAAAGCCUAGUCCCUAAUGGAACCAAGGUUGAUAUCAGCACCAUGCUUGAGGAAGCUGUGCAAUAUGUGAAGUUUUUACAGGUCCAGAUUAAGCUUCUGAGCUCUGAUGAUCACUGGAUGUAUGCUCCCAUUGCUUACAAUGGAAUGAACAUUGGUCUAAACCUUGACAUUAAUUUUCCCAACCAAACUACCAUAGAGAACAUAAGAAAAUAGGAUAAAACAGUUUAAGAGCUGAAGCUGCAUGCCCUAUUUGGCAUUUUAUGUUGUUUCUGUUCUGUUCAUAGGUAUUUAUUAGCUGCAUUUAAUC